UUAUAGUUAUUUGUCACUACGGGAAAUUAUUUCCUGUACCUGCUUCAAGUGAUGGUUGUUGGUUUCUCUGUAUUUUUACUUUCCAAUACGUGGCAAUUUAAGUUGUGAUUUUUAAUUAUACAAAACCACUACGCUUUAUAAACUUCAGAAGGAUUUUAGUGGUAUAUGUAUUCUUUCCUAUUUGGAGGUUAGAAUUUGCUUGAUGAAUAAUUGCAAAAAAAAUGUCUAAAAGAUCGCAACCUAGCUGGUCGCCACCAUCAAACACUAGAAAACGGCCAACAUUAAAAUUAUUUAAUAGCUUAACUCGCCAGAAAGAAGAAUUUGUGUGUUCCAAUGGCAAUCGGGUGAACUGGUACAGCUGUGGUCCUACAGUGUAUGAUGCCUCCCACAUGGGCCAUGCAAGGUCAUAUAUCUCUUUUGAUAUUUUGAGGCGAAUAAUGUCAGAUUAUUUUGGAUAUGAUAUUUUGUAUGUAAUGAAUAUCACUGAUAUUGAUGACAAAAUAAUAAAAAGGGCAAGGCAGAACUAUUUGUAUGAAAAAUAUAUAAAAGAAGCAAGAAAACUAGAUGACACCAUAGAUGAUGCAACAUCUGUAGUAAAUUAUUAUGAGGAAGUAGUUAAACAGGCAGCUGACCCUGAUAAGAAGAAUGCUAUGCAGAAAAUGUUAGACAAAGUUGCUUCAGCAGUUAAAAACCUUAAAGCACAUGUGGAGAAAAAUGAUGCUGACCAAAUAAAAGAAGCCAAGUGUGAGCUCCUUAAAUCAGCCAAGGAUCCUAUAUCAGAUUGGCUGGACAGCAAGUACGGAGCUACUGUCACAGACAAUGCCAUAUUCACAGCACUGCCAAGGCAUUGGGAGAAUGAGUUUCAUAAAGAUAUGAAGUCAUUAAAUGUUUUACCACCAGAUGUAUUAACAAGAGUGAGUGAAUAUGUUCCACAAAUCAUAACAUAUAUUCAGAAAAUAAUAGAUAAUGGCUUAGCUUAUGAAUCAAAUGGAUCUGUUUACUUUAGUGUAGCAGAGUUUGAUAGCAGAGACAAACAUCACUAUGCUAGACUAGUCCCUGAAGCAUAUGGUGACACAAAAUCGUUACAAGAGGGAGAAGGUGACCUAAGCGAUGACACUGGAGAAAAGCGUUCGCCCAAUGACUUCGCCCUGUGGAAGCGCAGUAAGGCGGGCGAGCCAUCGUGGGAGUCGCCGUGGGGCGCGGGCCGCCCGGGCUGGCACAUUGAGUGCUCCGCCAUGGCUUCUGACGUCUGCGGCUCCAAACUGGAUAUACACACGGGAGGAGUCGACCUCAAGUUCCCGCAUCAUGACAAUGAAUUGGCUCAAAGUGAGGCUCAUUACGAUGAACCUGGUUGGGUGAACUACUUCCUCCACACGGGCCACCUCACGAUCGCUGGCUGCAAGAUGUCCAAGUCCCUAAAGAAUUUCGUGACGAUCUCUGAUGCACUAAAGAGGCACACAGCACGACAGCUGCGCAUCGCCUUCCUAUUGCAUGGCUGGAAGGACACGCUGGAUUACUCAGAGAAUACUAUGGAGAUGGCUAUACAGACUGAAAAACUGUUUAAUGAGUUCUUUUUAACAGUGAAGGACGCCCUCCGUAGCGGGUACGCGGAGGGCUGCGGCGGCGGCUGGGGCGCGGCCGAGCGCGCGCUGGCCGACAAGCUCAGUGCCGUCCGCGAACAGGUGCAUGCCGCGCUCUGUGACAACAUUGACACACGUAGUGCGAUAGACGCGUUGCGCGAGUUAGUGGGCGCGGCGCACGUGUUCCUGCGAGAGAGCGCCCCCCGCCCCGCGCCGCUGCUGGCCGCCGCCGCUAGAUACGUCACCGAUAUCUUGCAUAUAUUCGGGGCUGUGGAGGGGCCAAGAGGAGGCAUCGGCUUCCCGAUAUCAGACACGAAUAAUGUUUGCCAGGUGGAAGAUGUGGUGAUGCCGUACCUAGAAGUGCUGAGCGAGUUCCGCGCGCGCGUGCGGUCGGCGGCGCGCGGCGGGCGCGGCGGGGACGUGCUGGCGGCCUGCGACGCGCUGCGCGACCGCGAGCUGCCGGCGCUGGGCGUGCGGCUCGAGGACAAGCCCGAUCGCACAGUAGUAAAGCUUGUAAGCAAAGAAGAGCUCAUGAAAGAGAGAGAAGAGAAGGAAAGAGUAGAAGCAGAGAAACAGCGGAAGAAGCAGGAACUACUGGAGGCUCAGCGCGCUAAAGAUGAACAGAAGAAAAUCCCUCCCACGGAGAUGUUCCGCCGCGAAACUGACAAAUACUCCAAGUUUGAUGAUAAGGGCUUACCAACACACGACCACGAAGGCAAAGAGCUCAGUAAAGGGCUCGUAAAGAAGUUGCAAAAACUACAACUGGCCCAAGAGAAGAAGUAUAACGAGUACCUGGCUACCAUCAACACCUGCUGAUAAAUGUGAACGCCGUAUAGUAGGUUUUAUCAACGCUGAAACCCAAACAGCCCAGUUAAGCUUUUAUUCAAUUUUGGAAGAGUCUUUCUUUGUGUCUACGAAAGUCUCCCAUCAUUUAAUACGAAUAGCAAAAUUGAAUAUAAAAUCUAUUUUAGGUAGCCCAAAAUAAUGUAGUUUUUUUAUUUGUGGUAUUUAUUGCCAAUAUAAGAAGUUAGGUUCAAGGUUUGAAUAUUUUUUUUGUUGAUCUACUGUAAUGUAAUCACUGAUAACAGAGUGUUUUAAAUUGACAUACUACAUGUAUGCAAUACACUUAUAUAAUCUAUCUGAUUUUUAUGUUUUGUAUAACCUAAAAAAGCAGUAAUAGAAUUAUUUAUUGGACAUAAUUAGUGUGAAUUACAUGGGUAAAGGUAACUAGACAUUUGAAUUUAUUUAAAACACCAGCGUUAAAUUUAUUUUUUCCAGUUACACACUAAAUUCUUUUACCCAUAACUAAAUCAGUGUCAUCAAAAUAGUUUAAUAUAUAUUUAAGUAUUAAAUAAUAUUCCCCGAAUCGCUAUGAGCAUAUAGCUACAUGUAUAUGAAUUUUAAAUUUCUGACUAGAAUCGCAAGCUCAUUCCACCUUAGCCUAUUUUGACUUUGCAUUUAACUUAAAAUUUCCAUUUUAGCUACUGUCAGUAUACUUUAGGCACUUCAGUAUUAAUAAGUUUGAUUUAUUUAUUUGUUUCUUUUAUAAUUAACUAAAACCUUUAAUAAAUGAUCGAUAUUAUA